AUGUGGAAUCCAGUGCCAGGACUGGAAGCCCUGAUGCUCUUAGGAACCAGGAUGUCCAAGCGGGGCCCUCCCAGCUCCCGAGUUUGCCGGGUUGCGCCGGGGGCAGCUGGAGGGACCAAGGUGGCCUCGCUCGCGCCCCAGAAGGUGCCGCCCCAGAAGGUCCUGGAUGCGGUCAAAAAGCACGGAGUGAAGCUGACCACCGUCCUGACCACGCACCAUCACUGGGACCAUGCUGGAGGAAAUGAGAAGCUCGUGAAGAUGGAGUCGGGGCUGCGUGUGUAUGGGGGUGACAGCCGGGUGGGCGCGCUGACGCAGAAGGUGUCACACCUGACAUCCCUCAAGGUGGGAUCUCUUAAUGUGAAAUGCCUCUGUACUCCAUGUCACACUUCUGGACACAUCUGUUAUUAUGUGACUAAGCCAAAUAGCUCCGAGCCACCUGCUGUUUUUACAGGGGACACGCUCUUCGUGGCCGGCUGCGGGAAGUUCUUCGAGGGGACCCCCGAGGAGAUGUACAGAGCCCUGAUUGAGGUGCUGGGCAGCCUGGCGCCGGAGACGAGAGUUUACUGCGGUCACGAAUACACCAUCAGCAAUCUCAAAUUUGCCCGACACGUCGAGCCCGAUAAUGUCGCUAUCCAAGACAAGCUUGCUUGGGCCAAGGCGAAAUACGACAGCGGGGAGCCGACCAUCCCCUCCACGAUCGCCGAGGAGUUCACCUACAACCCCUUCAUGCGAGUGAGGGAGAAGACAGUUCAGCAGCACGCCGGGGAGACUGAUCCCAUCCGAACGAUGGGAGCCAUCAGGAGAGAGAAGGAUAACUUCCGUGUCCCGAAGGACUGAGCGCUCUGCCCCAAUCACUUCAAUGUCAGCUCAAUCGUAAACUAGGCUAUUCAGAUGUUUUAGCAUUUAAGCAUUCUGUUGUGAUUAGGACAGUCACAUUUAGGUUUUUAUUUUGUUUUAAUUAAGGAAAAAAAGCACUUUGCCCUUGUUGAGAUGUUCUACAGCAUAUUUAUAUGAUGAAGAAUAUUUAUCCCUCUA